CCGAAAUUUAAUUUUUAUUUUAAUAAAAUUUGGUUUCCUGAAAAUUGUCUUUAGUGUUUAAAAUGCUUUUCAAUAAAUAGAAGUUCAAUAUUAACGACAUUUAAAUAAAGUGCAAUUCAUUAUAAUUCUUAGUACUUGUUUCUAAAUUUCGGGAUUAUUGAUUUUCUUUCGAUGAUUAGGUACAUUGUGAACAGCGAUUUAUAUAAGCGAUUAUUGUAGUAAUUACGUGUUAUAAGUGUCGAAAAAGCGAUGUGAUAUAGUAUACCUAUUAUCUAUAUAAUUAGCAGUGGUAAAACUUUUCUAAAAAAACGUCUUCCAGUAAAAAUAACGCGUGAAUAUGGUAAACCAAAUUAAAAUCGAUAUAUUUGUUUGAUAAAAUUAUUAAAUCAACUGUCUUCCUUGGUCUAUUGACUACUAUAUAAGUUGUUAAAGAUGUCGAAAUUCGGGAGCUUCCAAAUACCACAUGUGCAGGCAGCAAUGAAUGUUGCUUGGCAGACCCUCCGGCAGCAGUUGCCAGAGAAAAAACCAUCACCCUCUCCAAAGGGCGAAAAAGUUCACUUCGCCCAAAUAAACCACACAACUUCUUCCCACUCCUUUUCGGAACAGCAAGAAAUGGACAACGUUAAUACCAAUUCUGAUAUUGCAACAAACCCCACGAACCCUUUUCUUCAAGGGUACCAAAGUGGCGCUGGCAAUUUUGAAAAAAGGCAGUCAACAUUCUCUUCAAUGGACAUAUCAGAGGAUGAUUUUAUAGAAGGAAAAACAGACAUAAAAAUUAAUGAAUAUCAGGCCGCAUGGAAUGUUACGAACGCUAUUCAAGGCAUGUUUAUCGUGUCACUCCCAUUCGCUGUAAUGAGGGGUGGAUACUGGGCUAUUUUGGCAAUGGUUGGUGUAGCUUACAUUUGCUGUUACACUGGGAAAAUUUUGGUUGAAUGUCUGUAUGAGUUUGAUCCCCAAUCCGGUCAACAAGUGAGGGUUCGCGACUCAUACGUGGCAAUUGCGAGGGAAUGUUUCGGGAAAAAAUACGGAGCUAAAAUUGUAAAUGCAGCACAAAUUAUAGAACUUCUAAUGACCUGUAUCUUGUACGUCGUUGUUUGCGGUGAUAUGAUGAUUGGCACUUUCCCCGAUGGUGCUAUCGAUACAAGAUCCUGGAUGAUGGUAGUGGGAAUAUUUUUACUUCCGCUAGGAUUUUUAAAAUCUUUAAAAAGCGUCAGCCUAUUGUCAUUUUGGUGUACAAUGUCGCAUAUCGUCAUCAACGUUGUUAUAUUGGGUUAUUGUCUACUGGACAUUGCUGAUUGGGGUUGGGGAAAGGUCAAGUGGACUUUAGACCUAGAAAACUUCCCUAUAUGUUUAGGGGUCAUCGUUUUCUCAUACACGUCGCAAAUAUUCUUGCCAACUUUGGAAGGAAACAUGGAAGAUCCUUCGAAAUUCCAGUGGAUGCUGGAUUGGUCUCACAUUUGGGCAGCGAUAUUCAAAUCGCUGUUUGGAUACGUCUGCUUCUUGACGUUCCAGAACGAUACCCAACAAGUUAUUACGAAUAACCUUCAUUCUCCGUUUUUCAAAGGUCUCGUUAACGUAUUUUUAGUAAUAAAAGCCCUUUUAAGUUAUCCAUUACCGUACUAUGCGGCAUGCGAAUUGUUGGAAAGAAUUCUCUUCAAAGGACGCCCGAAAACUCCAUUUCCUUCCAUAUGGGAAUUGGAUGGAGAACUCAAGGUAUGGGGUCUUGCAUGGAGAGUCGGUGUAGUUGUUUUUACAAUACUCAUGGCGUGUUUUAUUCCGCAUUUUUCAAUUUUAAUGGGCUUUAUCGGCAGCUUUACGGGCACGAUGUUGAGUUUUAUAUGGCCGUGUUAUUUCCAUUUAAAACUCAAACGUCAAGAGCUGGACACGAGAGGAAUAGCGUUUGAUUAUUUUAUUAUUGCAUUGGGUAUCCUAUUUGGAGUCAUAGGGAUGUACGAUUCUGGAAGCGCUUUGAUCAAAGCCUUCGAAAUCGGACUACCAUUCUAAGUACGCGGUUUGUCUAUAUUAAAAAAUACAUACAACCUAAGCACCUAGAUACACUUAGAAGUCAUAAUUACUUGACAAUACAUCAAUGUCUUCCAUUAUAAAUUGGAAUAGCGGAUAAAUUACGGUAUAUUCAUGCUUACAAAUAAAUAUUAUUUUUUCUGCUUCCUUUCAAUUUUACAUGCUUCGGAUUUAUAAUAGAUACUAUUUUGUAAGUGCUCAAUCUCUUUACUUAUACGAACAUAUAUAUAUUUAUUUUUUUUUUUUUUUUGUUGUUAUUUGAAGUAGCUGCUAUCUACAAUAAUAGUUUUAAUUUAAUUUAAUUUCUUCCACGAAAACGAUAAGAGAAGAAGCAUCAAUGAUUUGCUUAAAAUAACUUUAAAAUGUAACAUUCUAUAAUUUUAGAAAAUACUUUACCUGUAUGCAAUACUUAAAAGAAAAGAAGUCUUCCAGUGGUAAAGUUUUCUUUUUGGAAUACUUUAUCUAGAAUAGGGUAAAUUUAAUCAGUAUAAUAUGGCUACAGCUGAAGAUUAAUAUUGAAAUAUAUUUUAAAAGAAUUUUUAUUUAUCUCCUCAUAUACACAAAAUAUAUAUUAUGUAUAUUGUUGUAAAUUCAGAGUUAGAUUUAAGGCUCUUAUACGAUGUAUUUGACCCACAACACAUCCCCUUGUUCCCUUGGGUCUAAUUUUUAAUAAGUGCUCAAAUACAUCCUAUGUCUUCCAUAAAAGCAUUAUUAUAAAAAUGAACUAAAGUUACGUAUAUAAGUACAAUAUUGGUAGUGAUUAAUUAAUGGUAUUAUAAAAAUAUUGUUACUGUUAUUUUAAUAAUGCAAAUGAAGGGAGAUACCAAUAUUUCUCAUUUUGGUUUAGUUUUAAGUUUAUCGUUAAUCUCCUCAACAGAACAAUGAAUAAGUACGUUAAAUUUAGUGGUACCUACCUAUAGCUGUUUGUUCUAAUAAUAAAGAUUAUUAUUUAUUUGCUGCUGAAAUCAAUACCCAAUAUGUACCCAAAGAGAUCGUUUUCUUCAUUUAAUCCGUCUUCGAUUUAAUUAAAAUUCUAAAUUUGAAAUAUCUUGUAAUAUUUUAAGAAUGUUUAGACCUUUUACAAAAAUACAUAGUUCGUUUAACAAGAUUUUUAAAGCGUGUGUAGUUGUGAAGUUGUUACAAUAAAUUAGUUAUAAAGAUUUGACUAAAUAGUAGCCUCUAGUAGUAUCUUAAGGUGCGUACUGACUUAAACACAAUCAUUUGUACGAAUACAACUUGUACGCAAAAAAUGUAUGCUCCAAUUAUUCGUUUUUAGGGGUUCUAGUAGCUACCGAAAACAGUAAUAUUCAUUACAUCUAGACAUCUAAAAUACAAACUUCUUUCGAUAAAAUUUCGUUCAAUCUGAACGAAUUUACGACUAUACACAAGUGCUCAGGUCAGUACGCCUCUUUAUAAUACGAUAUUAUUAGUGUUGUUUAGAACAUCGUAAGGUACCGUCAAUUUGCAGAAUAAAAAACUGCACAGGAUUUACAGUUAGCAAUAACUAACAAAUUGUUAUUAUAAGUCAGUAUUAGUCAAAUGUGAUUAUUGUAUAUAAAUUAAAUUAUUGCAUAUAGUCACGCGUUUUUUAUGUAAGUAAAUAUGUAAAUUAUUACGAAUGGUGGCUAUGUUUGCUCGAAAAUUAAUUAAUUAGCACAUAUAUUUGGGCUUUUCUUUAUCUUUCAGUCUUAAUUAACAGUGAAAUUGGACGCAUCCUACGGUAGUACCAUAAAAUAAUAGCAUUUAUUGAUCAUACAUCAGUACUAGUAGAAUUAAAUUGUUGUUAUAUCUGUAUUGUAAUGUGCAG